GGAAUAGAAACAGUUAAUGGCCCGCUGUACCUGGCACUAUUGCGUUCUAGAGUGAAAUGGUGGAAUGAUGAGUGACGAGUGAAAUGGUUUGAAGAGAGAGAGAGAAAGAGAGAAGACGGAGGAGGACGACACGAAGACGAACGACUAAGACGGCUUGGAAGCGAAGUGAACAACGAAGAGAACGACCAUCUCUAAGCUCUCGUUCCCUUUGGUUACCAGAGCUUUCUGGACUUCAAUCGAUGGAAGAGAAGAGCGUGAUCUCGUUUGCAAAGACCACACAAGAGCUGGCAAUGGAGGGCCAGAAGCAUCUAGAAGAAACCAUUGAAUCAGCUUUCCAGAUCUUGUCUUCCAUGAACGACGAGCUCUGUAACCCUACCUUGUGGUCUACAACUCCUUCCUCUGCUAAUAACAAUAAUGCAAGUUCUAUCAACAAUGGAUAUCAUCAUAGCAGCACUCACGCUUCCAAUGGUGAUGGUUCCUCUGAUUUGGGUCACCACUUUGAGAUGGGAGGUGGUGGAGCUCUCGAAGAGGCUCGCCUUCGCUACAAAUCCUCUGUCACCUCUCUUCGUUCCAUUCUCGCUGCCAUCCCCAACUCUCAUAAGGCAAAAGCAUAUGAUACUGGAUCAACAACUAGCAGUUCAGCAUCUGAAAUUGAGAAAUUGGAAGAGCGAGCUUCUGUGUUAAAAGAGGAGCUUGCAAACAAAAACAAGUAUUUCAAGCAUCUCAUAGAUCAGCUACGGGAUCUUAUAACUGACAUAUCAACAUGGCAAAGUCCUUGUUCUGUCUAAUGGUCCCUGAAGAUUUGUCUGCAAUAUGGCACGUAAUUGUACUUGAGUCCCACAAUCCAUCUGAGGUGAUAAUACUGUCUUUACCUUGUUGGGUGUGUGACGCUGCAAAUUUAUUCAACAAAGUUGUUCUUGAAUGGUUCGGUUGUGGGUAAUGAGGUUCUAUCAUACAAAGCGUCCGAUUAAGGAGAGAUUCUAUGCAACAAAUGGAGCAUUUGUAAGGUUGUUGAAUGUGCAGAACAUCUGUCAUUAUGAAAGAUGUGUCGGGAACUGAACCAUUAUUUUCUUAUUAAACCUGUCUGAUAUAUCUAGACUUACAGCUCUAUGGAUCUAGAAUUGUAACUGAGCUGAUGAUUAGUGGACAAUUAGUGAGUGCAUUUGAUUUGGAUUCUCUUAGACCCUGUUUGGUUCAAACUUGUUCCCAAUUAGAUGAAAAAUGGGUACAGCCUUUUGUAGUCUACUUUUGUCGCUCUCCGACUAUGGUCAUGUCUGCUGUCCAUGGGUCAGCAACUCGA